AUGCGCGGGGCAUUCCCCUUCCCUUCGCCCCACACGGAUCCCUUCCCGCUCCCUCUUCCAGCUCCGGCUGCUCCCCAACGGGCGCCCGUGCGCUUGGCUCAGGGGCCCCACGGCUGCGCCGGCCGGGUCGAGGUCUUCCACGAGGGCCAAUGGGGGACGGUGUGCGGCGAGAGCUGGGACCUCCGGGCCGCGGCCGUGGUGUGCCGGGAGCUGGGAUGCGGCCCCGCGCUCGCCGCCUCCGGAGCCGGGCGCUUCGGGAUGCGAUCGGGACCCGUGUGGUUGGAAGGGGUCAACUGCAGCGGGAUGGAGGCGGCGCUGGCCUCCUGCGGGAGCGAGGGCUGGGGGAAGAGCGGCUGCGGCCACGGCGAGGAUGCCGCGGUGGUGUGCGCAGACACCUCCAACCACCCCAUUCCCACCCGCACCGGCCCCAUAGAGCUCCGCCUGGUCAACGGCUCCGACCGCUGCUCGGGGAGGCUGGAAGUGCGGCAGGAUUCCCAAUGGGAAACCGUUUGUGAUGGAACAUGGAGCAUCCCCGAGGCCACCGUGGUGUGCCGGGAGCUGGGCUGUGGGGCCGUGGCCUCAGCCUAUGGGGGAGCUCACUUCGGCCAAGGCUCCGGUCCCAUCUGGCUCCACCGCAUCCAAUGCAACGGGAGCGAAGCCGCCCUGGCCCAGUGCUUGGCCCAACCCUGGGGUACCAACGACUGCCACCACGGACGCGAUGCUGGGGUCGUCUGUGCAGACGCUGACUCUUCCAAGCAGCAACCUCUGCGGUUGGUGAACGGCUCCAACCCAUGCGUGGGGCGAGUCGAGGUCUUCCACGACAAGAAGUGGGGCACGGUGUGCGACGACGCCUGGGACCUGCGCGACGCCGCCGUGGUCUGCCGGCAGCUGGGCUGCGGCGUGGCCGUGGCCGCCCCGGGCUCGGCUCACUUCGGCCCCGGCGCUGAUCGCAUCUGGCUCGACGACGUCCACUGCGCCGGCACCGAGGCCGCGCUGAGCCAAUGCGAGCUCCACGCCUGGGGGGAGCACAACUGCAGGCACAGCGAGGACGCCGCCGUGGUCUGCUCAGGCCCCAACCCCUUGCAGCUGCGGGUGCAGGACGGCGCCGGGCCCUGCGCGGGGCGGCUGGAGGUGCUCUACAACGGGACCUGGCUCGGGGUGUGCGGCUCCGGCUGGAGCCUGCUGGAGGCCGCCGUGGCCUGCAGGCAGCUGGGCUGCGGGGCGGCGCAGGCAGCACCCAUGGGUGCCCCUCUGGACCGGGAGCACCACCGGGUGCUGCUGGAGGGGCUGAGCUGCCACGGCACCGAGAUGCUGCUCCUCGAGUGCCUGCAGAGGCACGCGGGGCCGGGCCCGUGCCCAAUGGGCUCGGUGGCCACCGUGGUGUGCGCCGAGCAGGAAGGAGGGGUCGAUCCCUGCCCGGUGCUGGCCGGACUCCUUGGCACGGGGAUGCUGCUCUGCGGGACCCUCUUGAUCCUCUACCUCUGGGCGAGGUGUGGGCGAUGGGGUGGACGCUUCAGGGACAAACCCCUCCUAAAGAGGAUGCAGGACACCGGGACGGCAUCCGAGGCGUAGGAAGGCAAGGCUCCAUCAAGACCCCCGGGGGACCCCAUCCGGUGGAGCCAGCAGAGCAGGGGCUGCCACGCUCAGCAGAGGGGAUGGAUCCCUCUGCCCCAUAGCCCCGUAGCCCCAUAGCUCACUGCGUGGAGUCCCUGUGGGUCCCAGUUCCUCUGGGCAGCGCCAAGUCCCCCGGUCUCCAAAGUCUUCCCACGUUUACCCCUACCUGUCCUUUGGGAAGGCUCCAGAAUCCUAAUCCCAUCUGCACAGCCUCCUCAUUCCCAUCCCUAUAACCAAUAUAAUCCCUAUUUCCAUCCCUAUAACCGAUAUAAUCCCUAUUCCCAUCCUUAUAACAUCUAUAACCCUCAUUCCCAUCCCCAUAACCACUAUAAUCCUUAUUCCCAUCCCUAUAACCACUAUAAUCCCUAUUUCCAUCCCUAUAACCACUAUAAUCCUUAUUCCCAUCCCUAUAACCACUAUAAUCCCUAUUUCCAUCCCUAUAACCACUAUAAUCCUUAUUCCCAUCCCUAUAACCACUAUAAUCCUUAUUCCCAUCCCUAUAACCACUAUAAUUCCUACUCCCAUCCCUAUAACCACUAUAAUCCUUAUUCCCAUCCCUAUAACCACUAUAAUUCCUACUCCCAUCCCUAUAACCACUAUAAUCCUUAUUCCCAUCCCUAUAACCACUAUAAUUCCUACUCCCAUCCCUAUAACCACUAUAAUCCUUAUUCCCAUCCCUAUAACCACUAUAAUCCUUAUUCCCAUCCCUAUAACCACUAUAAUUCCUACUCCCAUCCCUAUAACCACUAUAAUCCUU